AUGCGGCCCCUCACUACGCUGCUGGCGCUCCCGCUGGCGCUGCUCCCUUCGUUGGCCUUUGCAGCAGACGUCGACAUCCAGGUCACCAAAGCUGUCGAGUGCACGCGCAAGUCGAAAAAUGGCGAUUUGCUGUCGAUGCACUACAAGGGCACGCUGCUGGAUGGAAGCAAGUUUGACUCUAGCUAUGAUCGCGGCUCACCGUUCAAGUUUAAACUUGGCGCCGGCCAGGUCAUCGCUGGAUGGGAUAAGGGUCUAUUGGACAUGUGCAUUGGAGAGGGCAGGAAGCUGAUUAUACCACCGGAAUUGGCGUAUGGAGACACAGCUAGGGGAACUAAAAUACCUGCUGGGUCGACACUGGUAUUCGAGACGGAGCUUUUGGGCAUCGCCGGUGUCAAGGCAGAACCUGCGAAACCCGUGGUAUCUACACCGACUGCGCAGGCGACUCCAACCCCGUCGGUUACAGACGAUAACGUGAAUGCCGCCAACGAGGAAGCCGCGCCUGAUAACGUAGAUAGACCUAGCCCUACAUCGUCCUCGCCAGCUGCUCAGCAAGAGACCCAAGCUACCAAGGCUGAGCCUGACCAUACUGGCUCAGCGGUCACUCAGGGAAGCCCUUUGGACGGCGAGGACGGCAAAGGCGAGUGCAACUUGCUUGGAGACUUUGCGCUCUUCGUACAGGGUGCGCUUGGGCUCCUUGCCGUCUCAUCUCUCGCGGUCAAGCGACUACGAGAGUCACCUCGCCGCCCGAUGAAGAUCUGGUUCUUCGAUGUAUCCAAGCAGGUCUUUGGCUCCGUGCUCUUGCAUCUCGCAAACGUGCUCAUGUCCAUGCUGUCUUCUGGUAAAUUCGACGUAGCAACUACUUCGAGCACGUCUCCACAGUACACCGUAACAGACGAGCAAGGCAAGCAGCCAAACCCCUGCUCCUUCUAUCUGCUGAACCUGGCUAUCGAUACCACUCUCGGCAUCCCCAUCCUCGUCCUGCUCCUUAAAAUCCUCCACGCGGCCUUCGCCCACACGCCCCUCGCUAACCCCCCCGAAUCAAUUCGUUCAGGAAACUACGGUGUCCCGCCCCGCGCAACCUGGUGGCUCAAACAAUCAGUCAUCUACUUCCUUGGCCUCAUUGGCAUGAAACUCUGCGUUUUGGCCAUCUUCGCCCUCUUGCCCUGGAUCGCGUGGGUCGGCGACUGGGCACUCCGCUGGACAGAGGGUAACACUGCGUUGCAAAUCACUUUCGUCAUGUUCAUCUUCCCGCUCGUCAUGAAUGGUUUGCAGUACUGGAUCAUCGACAACUUCAUCAAGGAUCCUGAGCAUGGGUCUGGUGAGGGUGAAGGACGGUACGGUGUUGUUGGCGAAGACGACAGUGAGGACGAGGACAAUGAGGACUGGUUGGAGAGACAGCGUAGGAGGAGGGAGGCGGGUAUUGAUGACGAUGAGAGUGAUGUUGAUAUUGAGGCUUCCGAGGUGGCCCCGCUUAAGGAGGCUAAUCCUUCAAUCUUGCCCAAGAGGAGUAGUGUUAAGAGUCAGAGGGGCGCAGAGUAUGAUCCGGCUGUUGAUGGGGUCGGGAGUAAGACGCGGACGGAGUAG